AUGGCUGAAAGAGGAAGGGUACGCCUACCCAUUGGCUCUGUGGUCGUUGGUGCCAUCACCGCGCUGCUUUGCGGGAGAGCCUUCGUGGGCAUCUUGCCAUCUCGUUCAAGCCUACUGGCCCGGUCUGCUGGUGCCUCUGCUGAGAGCGCUAAGGCAGCUUUCAUCGAGCUUUUCCAAGGUGAUGAUCGACCCAUUGUCCUUUAUGAUGGUGUCUGCAACAUGUGCAACAGCGCUGUUGACGUAGCCUUGCAGAAGGAUCCAGACGGUCGGCGGUUGCGCUUCUCUGCGUUGCAGUCAGAAGUCGGCCAGCAGUUGCUGGUCUUCUGUGGCCGACGGGCUGAGGACCUUAGUUCGAUGAUGGUCAUAAAGCCAAAUGGAGAAUGCCUGUCUCAGUCCGAUGCUGUUGUCUUUGUAGGCCAGCAGCUGGAAGGCAGCAGCGUGCUGCAGGGUUUGAGCAAGGCUGCGCAGGCAUUAUUGCCGAAGCCACUGCGAGAUGGGGCGUACAAUGUUGUUGCAAAGAACCGCUACCGCGUCCUUGGCAAACGCCAAGAGCUGAGGCUGGGCCAGGAUGGCAUGGAGGACAGAUUCGUGAACAGGGAAACCCGUGCUGAGGGAACGUGGGUCACCUGUGACGGUAUCCCGGAGUUUGACUGCAGCUUUGCCCUUCGUGCUAUUGAGCACUUUGGCUACCAGAAGUUCCUUCCGUAUGGAUACGAGUACUACGAUGAUUGCGCUAGCACCGCUGGCGUCGAGCGGUUGUGGGCGAAGACAGCGGUUCUUUGCCUGCGUGUGCUCGUCGGCAUUGUUUGUGCCCAGCUGGCCUCAAAGCAGUCCUUGAAUCAGCCGGCAGUGUCCCAGGCAACAGAAGCUGCUGGAGAUGUGCAAGUUGCAGGAGUUGCGUUUGAUGCGACGUGCUCUCUGGUGGUUACAGGGGUCAGCUAUCCACUGGCUGUUGGAGCAGAUCUGACAGACAGUCCAGACAAGCCUCAACCUGUGGGCGAUCGAACUUAUGACGUGAUCUUAUGGUGCGACCAUCGCGCCGUAAAAGAGGCAGAGAUGAUCAAUGCGGCCAACCAUCCCCUCCUUCAAUUUGUUGGUGGCAAAAUCUCACCUGAGAUGGAAAUGCCAAAGCUGGCUUGGCUAAGAAAGUACAAGCCCAAGACGUUCGCGGAAGCUCUGAGGAUUGGCAUGCCUCAGGAUGUGCAGCAUGUUGGCAGUGCAGUAGCAGGGGGUCUGGGGACACUGGCUGCCCAAGAGUUGGGACUUGCUCCAGGAACCACCCUUGGAGUGGGUGCCAUUGAUGCUCACGCUGGUGGCAUUGGCUGCCUGGGGGCCUCUGCAAGCCCAGUGCCGCUGGAGGGCCGCAUGGCUAUGAUUGCAGGAACAUCUGCUUGUCACAUGGCAUCAAGCAAGCUGGCCAUCAAUAUGCCUGGUAUUUGGGGUCCAUACGACUCAGCCAUGAUCCCAGGCCUCUUCCUGAACGAGGCAGGGCAAAGUGCUGCAGGUGCAGCGCUAGACUUCGUGAUCGAGUCGCACGCUGCCUAUCCGGAGCUUCAAGAGAGGGCCAAGGCAGCCUCCUGCAAUGCAGCAGAGUUUCUCAACGGCCAUGUCAGGUCUCUGGCGCAGCUGCAGGGCCUAGAGUACGUAGCCACCCUCACGCGUGGUUUGUUUGUUGGACCUGACUUCAGUGGGAACCGAUCGCCGCUUGCAGACCCCAACCUCCGAGGCAGCGUUCUGGGACUAGGACCGGCUGGGGACGCAAAGCGAGCUACAUCCAUUGAUGCUCUGGCUGUACUCUAUCUUGCCACAAUCCAAGCCCUUGCGUACUCAUCGCGCGCAAUAAUCGAAGCCAUGAACUCCGCUCGAGCAGAAGCUGGAAUUGUCGGCAUUUCUGCGAUCCACGUUUGCGGCGGCUUGGCUCAAAACUCUUUGUACUUGCAGGAGCAUGCCAAUGUCCUGAACCUGCCCCUGCACUGUACCAAGUGCCCAAGUGCUGACGUGAUUCGGGGCAGCGCAAUGUUGGCCGCCACUGCCGCGAAGCAGUUUGCCACUGUGGAAGAUGCAAUGGAAGCAAUGCAGCAGCUGGACCUCACUGUCGAGCCGCAGCUGGACAAAAUGCUCAAGGCAUUCCAUGACGCACGCUACCACAUCUUUUUGCUUAUGCAGCGCCACCUACAAGAGUUCAUGAGCUCCAGGGGCCCCGCCCCACGUAUAGCUGACAAUGAAACGGAGGGCGACGCAGUCACCUUGCACGGCCUGGAGAAGAGGCCAGCCUCCUUCAGCGAGAAGUAUCUCGAAAGAUCAGACGUUUCAUCUCGCAGGCCGGACCUCAAUGGGCCCGGACGGAUUGUGUUGAAGUUGGAAAGCGGAAGUUCUAAUCUCAGCGCAAGCUUUUACUUGGUGGGUAGCGAGCUGAAUGUAUUGCUCAACAUGAUGCAACUUGGAGGUCAGAUAGCGAUCCGCCCUCAAAAUCUUCAGCGGUUGGAACGCAUCAUUAGCGAGCCCAUCAGCGAUGUCUCCGCCAAAGUGCAAGACGAGGCAAGCCGCCGCAAGCCACCUCGCAUGCCAAUCAGAAGGUUCAUCAUAGCUACCUUUGCUUUGAGGGAUCGAAGGAAGAAGGUGAAGAACGAUCUUGACACGCGCGGUGGCAUUGGAAGUUCACAAGUCGCUGGUCAAGCCAGGCGUGAGCUCAUUAUGGGCACAGAGCCCAAGGCAGCCCCAACAGAGGCAGCCGCGGAGGAGCCUCCAAAGCGCGAACCCAUCAAUUUCGUCCCAGCUGAGGAGAAGACCGAGAUGCCCAGCCGCAAGGUGACUGUGAUCGACCCUCGCCGCAAGAAGAGGCCGAUUGAAGAGGACUCAGACGACGAGGAGGUGGGCACUCCAGGUGUCGUCCGACCCCGGAAGUCAGCACAGGACAGCGGCUCAUCGUGGCAACAAGGAGUACGGCCUUUCGACUCGCCCACGCAUAAGGCAUCGAAAGAUCCUGAACCUGUUUGCAGAAUGCCUGCUGCGCCUCCAAGGGGCCUUGCCCGCACUCCAACAGUGCCACUCUCGCCGACGACCUCCAGAUCCUACGGCGUUCCUCAGACAAGCUCUCGAGGAAACAUGACGCUUGUGGUAUCGGAGGAUGCAAGAGAGGCGGACAAGGCUCAGCGUGAGCUCACAGAGAAGCGCAAGGCCAUGGAGGAAGGCCCCACAGAAGUCCUGGCAGCCUCAGGGGCACCCAGCCGCUGGCUGCGCGCCCGAAGCAAGGUCAAGUACAUGGCCAAGGAGUUAUACAAGACGCCAGCAGAAGAGAAGCAGCUUCAGAGCUUCCAUGCAGUCCUCUUCGGCAAGGAUGACGACGCCAGGGUGAAGGCCGCAGAGUCUUUGACAUCCUUGGCUCGCGGUGAGCGCAUGGCCUGGGCCAUUUCCGAGAAUCUGGGACCCUUGCUGCACUGCCUGAAAGCCAAAGAAGCCGCGCCUCUGAAGUUGGCGGUCCUUGGUACGCUCCGAGUGCUGGCCGAAAACCAACAGGCAGUUGCCGUCGCGCAGCAUGCCUACGCUUUGCUGCCCUGCCUGAAAGAUGAGGACAUUUUAGUGCAACGCAAAGUCUCUUCCUUGUACCGGGUGCUCGCUGAAGAGGGCCAAGCCGCGAUGAUAGCCCGGGACGUGGCCAGCAUCAUGCAUUGUUUCGAGGCCACACAGGCCGCAAACGCCUCACUCAUGGCACCGCUGGACGCACUGACCGCAAUUGCCUCUGCCGGUGAAGGCCGUGCCGUAGCUCGCGUGGUGGAACGGUUGCUAGGUACCCUCCGCGACAGCCGCCCAAAAAUCCGCGCAAGCACCUGCAAGACCUUGGCAGCCAUCGCUCGAGGAGGUGCAAAGGAGCUGUUGGGACACCUGGGUCUCAUCGAUGCUGAGAUUGCGGACUCCUGCAUUUCGGGGGUUACCCUCUUUGAGAUGCUGGUUCUGCUGUCCUUAGAUGACCCGGACAGUGAUGUUCGCCUAGCAGCAGCUGAUGCACUGCGGUGCUUGCCAGAAGCAGAGAUAGAUGGAGAGAGUGCACAUGAAAAGCGAACUCGCUAUCCUCUGCUGGUCAAGCGGUUGAAGCAGUUGGCAGGAGCUCACGAAGGAGAAGUGCAGGCGAUUCUGCUGGCAGUUUUCUACCUCGCAAGCGAAACCGAGGCCUGUGUCAUCUGUCAAGAACCACUUCACUUGGGUGGGGGCCCAGAGGCUUUGCCCUGCGGCCAUGUCUUCCAUCGUCGAUGCAUGGAAGAUUGGUACCAUUUUACGACAAAGUGCGGCCGAACACCUAGCUGCCCUCUGUGCCGGACAAAGAUGCCUCUAAUUGUGAGAUAG